AUGGCUAGGAGAAGAUCCAUGGCAACCCUCGUACAGAGCUGGCAUUCGAGUGCAGACAUACCGAAAAGAGACGCAGUAGUGGAGGCAUUCAAAUACGCAUGGAGAGCCUAUGAGAGGGAUGCCAUGGGGUCUGACGAAUAUCAUCCCAUCAGUCGGAAUGGAUCCAACCUGACGGACACCGGCGGAAUUGGAUACACUGUCAUAGAUUCCAUUGACACUAUGCUGAUCAUGGGUCUCGACGAUGAUUAUGCUCGUGCGCGAACCUGGGUGGCAGACAAGCUGUCGUUUGAAAAGAAUGGAAGCUUCAGCACUUUCGAGACAACCAUACGUGUUCUCGGUGGGCUUCUCUCGGCUUACCACAUAUCCGGUGAAGAUCCCCUCUAUCUUGAGCACGCCGUCGACCUGGCCAACCGCCUUCUGCCUGCGUUCGACACAGCCACUGGUUUACCCCUUCCAAUGAUAAACCUGAUGGAACACAAAGGUAUUCCAGACUCGGAACUCCCUCUGCUCGUCAGCACCGCGGAGAUAUCAACAUUACAGCUAGAGUUCCGCUACUUAAGCUUCCUAACUGACAAUGACAUAUAUUGGGAAAAAGUCGAAAACGUAAUGAAAGUCAUCAAGGCUGCGAAAAUGCCCCACGGUCUUGCUUCCAUCUACAUGAGUCUGGAAGGGGGUCAGUUUGUCCCAUCGGCCAUUCGUCUGGGAUCCAGGGGUGACUCUUACUACGAGUAUUUGCUAAAGCAAUAUAUCCAAACUAACCGAACAGAGGAUGUCUACCGCGAGAUGUAUGACAACACUGUGCAAGGAAUUCACCAGUAUCUCAUCCAAAAGAGUGCCAGCACCAAAAUGCUAUACACCGCAGAGCUGAUACCUGAACGUAACAGGAAUAAUGACAUCUCUUGGCGGUUAACUCCUAAACAAGACCAUUUGGUCUGCUUCAUUGGAGGGUCUCUUAUGCUUGGAGCAACUACAGCCGGGGCUCUUUUCGACACCAUUUCCGUACCUCCGAGAGGACAGGAACUCGCUCCUACGGGGCUACGAGACUGGAAAUCAGGAGCAGCCCUUAUCAAGACUUGCAUGGAUACUCACGACACUGCUACUGGAUUGGCACCAGAGAUCGUCUACUUCAGAAUACCUAGCGAUGGAAUAGAUCAGAAAGUCGGCGCCCCUUCCGAUUGGUACAUCAAAGGCGCUAGACCGGGUGCUUUCCCUCCUUACGACGCCCGUUACAUGUUACGCCCUGAAACGGUGGAGUCGCUCUUCCUGGCGUACCGACUCUCGGGCGACAAGAAGUACCGGGAUUUUGGGUGGAGAAUUUUCCAGUCGAUCGAAAAGUAUUGCAAGGUUGAGACUGGCGGAUAUGCGACGAUUGUCAACGUCGACGAAGUUCCUGUACGGCUCGAGGAUAAGAUGGAAACGUUCUUGCUGAGCGAGACCUUGAAGUACUUGUAUCUGCUUUUUGAUGACGCAAAUGUAUUAUCUCUGGAUAAGUAUGUGUUCAACACGGAGGCACAUCCGCUACCCAUAUUCAAUCCAACAAUAAGAACCGGAUUCUCGUGA